AUGAAGUUCCUUGUCAACAAUGCAACGACAACGGACAUUAUCAACGAAUGGGCAAGACCUGAUCGAGCAGUGAUGGCCAGCCAUUUCUUCUGGAGUGCCGGAACGGAUAUGCAAAAGUCCAACCUUGGUCUGCUGCAAACACUGCUCUUUGGCAUUCUCAGAGAGUGCCCGUCGACGAUACCUGAGGUCUGCCCUCGGCAAUGGAGCGCCGUCCUACAGAAUACAUGGCAAUUCUCUUGGACUAUGGCAGAUCUUCUGGAUGUUCUACGCAGAAUUUCGCGGUUGGGAAUCCGUCCGGCACAGUUCUGCCUCUUCAUUGAUGGACUCGACGAGUUUGAAGGUGAUCCUUACGAACUGUGCCAGAUGUUGAAAACACUCUGUGAGCUGCCUGGAUUCAAGCUUUGUCUAUCCAGCCGUCCAUUGAAUGUCUUUGAAGACUUCUUUGGGAAGAAUCCUGCAACGAUGCUGGUGAUCCACAACAGGACGAAGAAUGAUAUACGAGGGUUCGUCCAAGGCCGAAUGGAAAAUCAUCCCAGGUGGCGCGAAUGGUCGCCUGAGAGCAUGACCAAGGAUGAGUUGAUUAACGACAUUGCAGAGAGAGCCGAAGGCGUAUUUCUCUGGGCCUUUCUCGUCACCAGAUCUUUACGGGAAGGCCUCUCAAAUGACGAUAGCCCUGGCGAUCUCAGGGCAAGGCUGGACCGCCUACCGAACGAUCUGGAGUCACUCUUCAAGCACAUGCUCAACAGCGUUGAUGAAAUCUACCACCCGAAAAUGGCUGGCAUACUGGAGAUUGCGCUCCGGGCGGACUGCCCGCUCCGCUGGGAGGUUUACGCCUAUCAUGAUCAAGAAUAUGACGAUUCAGACUUCUACAUAAAGCUUCCCACCACCCCCAUAACAAAAGGUGAACACCUACGUCGUUACGAUCAAACACGGCGACGAGUCAAUGCUCGCACAAUGGGCCUCUUGGAGGUUGACAACGAUGGCGACGAUGAACUCGCACCUGUGCCAAGAGUCCAGUUCCUACAUCGUACGGUCCGAGACUUCCUCCUCACCGCAGAAAUG